AGCCGGGAAGUUGGGUGAAGGGCGCUGCUCCCGCGGAGACGGCGGCGGCUGGGUGCGAUCUGCGCGGCUCAGGUGUGUCUACUCCGCCUUCUAUUCGGAUUUGAUUUUGUGUUUAGCUACGACGGACCUGCCUACACUUUGCCCGAUUGCUGGCCGGAGCGUGGCGCGGACUUUUAUCAGAGGCGGGGCCCGUCAGUCCCAGCGACUGACCGAGCGACCCACGCGCGGAGAAAGAGGGCGGCGGCCUCAGCGAAGGCGGGUCUCUAACUCCCGCGGUGGCAGCGCGGCUUGAGGGGCGGGCAUGAGCCCUCGGGGGCUAAUAGGGGGCCGCAAAGGCUGACCUGGCGCGGGCAGCGGCCUGGCCCAGCCAUCUUGACUGCGCACCGCGGCCCGAAAGGAAACUUGCUACACCACCACCCACUGCGCCCGGCGAAGUCACCGUCUCCAGCGCCGCGCGAAGUGGCUGGACGCACUGGGGAGAAAGCCAGCGAGUGAGGAACGAUGAGCCGCGAGGGCUGAGAUCGGCUAGGAGUUAGCCAGGCAGGCCCUGGCGGGACUGUGGUGCACGACUGCAGCCACCCUUAUCUCCCUGGAGCGGCGGAAGGGAGGUACGGACCGCCACUGCCCAGGCUUGGGACUGCGCAGUGCGGACACUCUCGGAGAAGGUUACCGGUAGCUGGAGACUGAACAACAGGGCUCCCGCUCUCUUGCCGGUUCCCUGGCGCUCUGCGAGUCGCCUGGAGGGCUAGGGCGCGGUGCCGAGGCGCGCAGCAUGGAGUGGAGUUACCUGUUGGAAGUGACCUCGUUGCUGGCAGCCUUGGCGCUGCUGCAGCGCUCCAGCGGUGCGGCGGCCGCCUCGGCCAAGGAGCUGGCAUGCCAGGAGAUCACCGUGCCCCUUUGCAAGGGCAUCGGCUACAACUACACCUACAUGCCCAACCAGUUCAACCACGACACUCAGGAUGAGGCGGGCCUCGAAGUGCACCAGUUCUGGCCGCUGGUGGAGAUCCAGUGCUCGCCAGACCUCAAGUUCUUCCUGUGCAGCAUGUACACGCCCAUCUGCCUGGAGGACUACAAGAAGCCCCUGCCUCCUUGCCGCUCGGUGUGCGAGCGCGCCAAGGCCGGCUGUGCGCCCCUCAUGCGCCAAUACGGUUUCGCGUGGCCGGACCGCAUGCGCUGCGACCGGCUCCCGGAGCAGGGCAACCCUGACACGCUGUGCAUGGACUACAACCGCACGGACUUCACCACGGUGGCGCCCAGCCCUCCGCGCCGCCUGCCUCCACCUCCUCCCGGCGAGCAGCCGCCGUCUGGCAGCGGCCACGGCGCGGGCGCUGGUAGCCCCGGUGGGCGCGGCGAAUAUGAGGAGCUGGGGGCAGUGGAGCAGCACGUGCGCUACGAGACCACCGGCCCGGCUUUGUGUACGGUGGUCUUCCUGCUCGUCUACUUCUUCGGCAUGGCCAGCUCCAUCUGGUGGGUGAUCCUGUCGCUCACGUGGUUCCUGGCCGCGGGCAUGAAGUGGGGCAACGAGGCCAUCGCUGGCUAUUCGCAGUACUUCCACCUGGCCGCGUGGCUUGUGCCCAGCGUCAAGUCUAUCGCGGUGCUGGCGCUCAGCUCGGUAGACGGCGACCCUGUGGCCGGCAUCUGCUACGUGGGCAACCAGAGCCUCGACAACCUGCGCGGCUUCGUGCUGGCCCCGCUCGUUAUCUACCUCUUCAUCGGCACCAUGUUCCUGCUAGCCGGCUUUGUGUCGCUGUUCCGCAUCCGCUCUGUGAUCAAGCAGCAGGGCGGCCCCACCAAGACCCACAAGCUGGAGAAGCUCAUGAUCCGCCUCGGUCUCUUCACCGUGCUCUACACGGUGCCGGCCGCAGUGGUGGUGGCCUGCCUCUUCUACGAGCAGCACAAUCGCCCGCGCUGGGAGGCCACGCACAACUGCCCGUGCUUGCGGGACCUGCAGCCGGACCAGGCGCGCCGGCCGGACUACGCGGUCUUCAUGCUCAAGUACUUCAUGUGUCUGGGGGGCACUGGCGGCCUGGGAGUCAGCGGGGUGCCGGGCGGGGGCGCGGGCUCCCUCUACAGCGACGUCAGCACCGGCCUGACAUGGCGGUCUGGUACGGCCAGCUCCGUGUCUUAUCCUAAGCAGAUGCCAUUGUCCCAGGUUUGAGGGAGGGGAGCGAGCACCCGGAAGGAAUGGGGAGGGGAGCGAGGGAACAAGUGCUGGGAAGGGACACUCGAGAGGCUGAGGUUCCCACCCCUUAACCGUGUUGAUUGCUAUUAGCAUGAUAAUGAACUCUUAAUGGUAUCCAUUAGCUGGGACUUAAAUGACUCGCCUAGAACAAAGUACCUGGCAUUGAAGGCUCCCAGACCCGGCCUCCUUUCCUCCAUUGAUAAGUGAGGCGCCCUUCCCACAAGGCGUUAAUUUCUCUUGGCAGAAGAGGGUGGACUGUGCUGCCCGUCCAGGAUCCCAGGUUUGGAGCCCUCACUGGUUGUCAUUCGCUGAGCGUGAAGCCAGAUCUACACAUUUUUCUCCCUGACUCUCCUAGGUAAAACUUCAACUCCUACCAUCUAGAGGAGCGAUUACCGCCACGAAGGGAUUGCACGGUUUGGGUAUUCUUAAUGACCAGGCAAAUGCCUUAAAUAAACAAACAGAUGUCUUAAUUAUACACCCCUAGUAAAUACGGGUUCCUUCCAUUAGAUGAUGUAUUUAUAUAAUUAUUGUUAAAUUGUAAAAAUGUGUAAAAUAUGUACAUAUUCAAAGAUAUACCGUCUGUACAAUUUUGUAAAAAGUUUAGAGGCCACCCCUGUACAAACAAAUUAUAAGUAAUCUAUUUUGUCAAUAAAAUGACUUUUGAUAAAUGAUUUAAACAUUGCCCCCUCCCCUUGCCUCUUCCAAACUGUUACUUUAAAGUGCUUGGGAAAAAGGACAUUUUUCUGGCUUCUCCACUGUACACCAACUUUAGGCAUGGGGGAAAAAAUACCUGUUGAAUUAUAUUUCUUAAGUAUUUCAUUGUUGAACUGAAGUCAAAAUCGAACAUUUGCACCUACCCAAAAGGUGGUGUUUUUAAUGGUAGCUCUUUUCUGAUCCUGGGCUAGCACCUCUUCCCUCAGUGGCUGGUAAUGGGAUUUGCCAGGCAGUGAUUCCACUCAGGCCUAAUUAUUUAUGUUAUAUAAUGUCACUAAAGACUUCAAACCCCUACAUUCAUUUCUCUUAUUCGUAUUUUUUAAAAACACCUAUUUGACCACUGCUGAAGCGUAGGGACUAAUAUUUUAUUCCACAGAGGACACAGUAUAAGUCACUCAACAAUCUGGUAGAGCUGGUGCUCUGUAAUGGGUUAACAUCUUAAUAACCUUCCAGGCUUGUGUAUAUCAAAUGUGCUGCUUUUCCUAGAGAAAAAGCUAUUGUUCCUCUGUCAAGACUAAGCUAAUUUAUUUGAGCAGAAGGCUGUUGAAUUAGCAGAAGAAUGCUUUGGCAAUUGUUGAACUUUUUACCUGUCUGCCUAGUGGCUCAGCACAUCAUUCCUUUAAGAGGAGCUAAAUGAAUAGGGUUAAUCUGUAGGGAACUUGGUCUUUUGAGUUUGAAAAACUUUGAUCUUUUCUCCUCUCCAAAUGUGCUGUAUAGUCUGAAGUUUCUUUCCCUGCUGCCCCGCUCCUCUUGGUGCAGACCAAUUGGCCACCGCGGAGCCUUAAAGUUCUCCCAUUAAAGGGAUGUGGGACUUUUACUUUAAAAAAGAGAGCUAGUGAGGGAGAGGAAGACUUGUAACAGUUAGUGAAGACCAGAGGCCCAAGUGCACUCAGCCUUUUAAACAGCUUUUCCUGGCAUUGUUAGCCAGCCUGCAGGCAGCUAGGCAUGGGUUGAAGCAUUAUAGAAAAGGGCUCUGAAUGCCCCACAGGUGGUCUGAGCACAUAAUCCCCCAAUUUAAAGCGUUUUCCUUUGCUGGACAAUUGCAUUACAAAACUCCCUUCUUUUUCGCUCCUAAUUGAACCAAUGAACUAUUAUAAACUACAAGUUUUUCUUAAAAAAGAAAGAAAGAAAAAAAAACCCUCACUACCGAAAUUCUAUUGACCAAAUUCUGGCAAAUUUUCUGAACUAGAUCUUUUAAAGCACCGGAAGUAAAAGCUUCAGCAGACAUUUCUCUUUUUUCAGAUAUUUUUUUGCAUGCUUGUUAUCUUCUGACAGAUUAGCAAUAAUUUAAAAGUAAUUGGUAAGGUUGUGUAUUCAUACUGAAAAGAUAGCCCCAGGUCCCUUAUUAACCUGUCAAUCAACAUAAGAAAUGGGCAACUACCCUGCUAAUGAUGGGGGCAUAAAACAUUGUAGGGUGGGAGGGGACCUGUUCUCUGCAUCCUGCUAAAAUGUUUGUUCUCUUUACUUUUCCUAAUAGGAAUAUUUAGUGGCUAAAAAAAAAAAAAUGAAUGAAUUGGAUGGAAACUACUUCUUGACUGAUCUUUCUCACGUAGAGGUUCUUAAGAAGAGUUUCUUGGUAGAAACAUUUUGCAAAUCCUUCCCAGAGUCAUUCUUGGUGUUAAUUGGAUUUUUAAAGUUAGAUGUUCAAUAAGAACACCUACUUUAGAUAUCAUGCUGAUUUUAUUUUUUUUAAGUCAGAGGCAUUGUAAAAUCGCUUAGCAGUUUGAUUCACUUAAGAAUUACUAUUUUGUAACUUCAGUAUCAGUAAGUGGCUACAUCCAACCUAUAUAAUGACUCAUUUAUUGUAAUGUAUGUAAGUCAGCCAUAAACUUUACAUUUUCAGUUAUAAAGGAGAAUUAUAAGGACGGUUCCUGUGGGUCUUCCUCAGUAUGUGAUGGGAGAGAGCUCAAAAUCACUAGCACUGUAACAGUCUUCUCAUUAGUGACACAUUUUCAGCUGUGUGACACAGUGGGAAAUGGUCAAUUGGCCCUGGUGGCCAAUUGGUCUUUUUGAAGCCUUUUUCCUUAAUAAUUCAAUAUAUCGUUGUAAAAUACCAUAUUUGGUAACUAAGAUGGCUAUAAGUGUGCUUGACAUUCAGAGGACUUGUAAUUAUUAUCAACUAAAGACUGAUUUUAGGGACUGAUAUUAAACACAAGUGCUGAUUUUUUUAGUCUUUACAACUAAAACUUGAGUUACAAAGUUGUCAAUAUCUAAAUGGGUCUACUAAUGAAAUAAAAACCCAAAAUUGAUUUUGGAGAUAGAAAAGGGAGAUGGAAAGUUUUCUAUUUGGCCAUUUGCAUUAGAUGAAUGAAUGGAUCCCUUGCCAGAACACCCUUUUUGUACUAUAGAGAUGUGCCCUUAAUUACUAUCUGAAAUGGGUGUUUUGAAAAAUCUUGUCAGAAAUGGGGUUAUUGUGUGGCUAAAAGAUCAAUGUAAAUAAAGUAAUAUGGUUAACACCAUUAGUAAAACCAAA